CAUGUCACUCAGGUCAGGUGACAUAGAGAGGAACUUCGAUGAUUCAAGAUGGCUACAAUUCUGCCAAGACAAAACAUUUUUGAUGGAAUAACUUUAACAUUUAAAGAUACUUGAGUAUUCCGUAUUUGAUGAGUCAUCACAAUGAAAACGGAAGUUUGGGAUGAGUUAUAAAUCGGUUUUAGCUGCUGCAAAUAUGCUUCUGGAACUCAACUGAUAGCUAACGUUAGGCUACUAGCUAGCUACAUAAUAGCUAACGUCACAGAAGCUACGUUAUUUUGCCAUCUCAUUAGAAGUUACUGACAGUCUGGAGUUCGUGCCCCUCUUACCAGCACAAUGAGCGAUUCCCGAAUGUUCUCGAUCAUCACACUGCUCCUGGUAGUACCUGCGUCACUCAGUGUCCAUGGUGCUGCUAUUUCAGGAGAGGAAUACUCUACAGAGAUAAGCACAACAUCCCUUCAUUGCUGGCAAGAGGAGGAGUUUUCGAUUUUGACAGAGUGUGCAUGGUGCAACCCAUUUCAGAUGAAAUCAUGGGCACCGUGUGACAGAACUGGAUUCAUAGAAAAGAUCAACUGUGCAAAGUCCAACAAAGUUGAAUACAAGAGCUGCCGUUCCUCUCGGAUGGAGGAGAGCCUAUUCUGGAGGUUUGAGGGGAUCAUGAUGUGCCUGACGGUAGUCUUGGUCCUGGUGGUUAUAGCUCGUCAGAGAACCCUGGACUACCUGGCCUCUGAAAAGGUCCGCAGGCAGAUCCUAUCCAUAUAGAGACUAGAGACUGGGUGCUGUUGGCCGGCGCUUGUCCACUCUCAAAUGUUCGAAGGACUUGAAUGGCAGCACUUGCACCUUGGUAUCUCUUUUGGGAUCAGUAUUCCAUUUUGAUCCCAUGUCUUGUUGAGGCCUUAUUUGUGAAAUGCCGAUGUGUAAGUAUGACCCAUACACUGCACAAUAGUUAUUGGUUUGAAUUAAUCUUACAAUGUGUUCAAGUCAUUACUCCAGUAUGGUUAAUAACAUUGCAGCACAACAUGUCUUUAUGUUGUUGUCAUAGUUAAUAUCGUUUCUGUGUCUGAGAUUAGAGUAUAGUCCUGCCUACCUAUUCCAUGUCUCUGUUUUGGGGAUUUGAACAUGUCAACUUGGUCUCACUUUCUGACAUUGUCUCUCACAUUGUCUGCAUUGUCAUCAUAACAACUGAGUUGGUCCAACCAGAGAGACGAAUACUACAAAUAUCUAGGCCUAUGUCAUAUUGUUGAGGAUAUACAGUAUUUUCAUUUAAAGAUUACUUUCUGAAUAAUCGGUAUUGCCAGCUACACUGAAUGCUGUACGACAGAGAUGACAUUUUUUUGUCUGUGGUCAAUCACAUUUGUGUGUGAAAUUCAGGUCUGUCUAAACUAUACGUAUCUAUUUAUGGUGUCAUUUGACAAGUGUUUCCUUUUUGUUACACACUAGUCAUAAGAUGGUUCUUCCGAUUUCUUACAGCUCUGUUAACACUAUUCCUAAUUAUUAUGUUGCUGUAAGUGUGCAACAAAUGUUACAGUUUAUUGCACUUUCUAUUUAUGACCAAUAAAAAAAACAGUUUUUUUUUUUAGGCUGUGAA